CCAGCACAACUCUCCAAGAGCUCACUGUCAGCAACGUUGUCAACCUCUUGGGCUUUCAUGGCCGGAAGCUCCCAGCUUCACUGCAGCGAGUCGAGUUGGGCGUAACAGAUCACUUUGACGCUGUGGCCGACGACGUUACCGUCGAGAACCUUGCGACGGCACUCGGACACACGCACCUCGAGCACCUCUGCUGCGACGUCUUUGAGCAAUUGGUCCGAUGCCCCGCAGCGGCGCCGAUGUUUCGUCAACUGCACGAGCUCCACGUCGUUGCGUUGCGUGCUGAUGACGUCGACUCGUUCCUCACCGGUUUAGUCUGCGUCCCGGCGCUGCAGUACCUUAGCGUCUCGCGCAGCUUGAUCGGUGCGCGCGACUUUGCGACGCUGCUCAUGGAAAAUCUUGUCGCGACAUGCCCGCAUCUGGAGAAGCUCCGCUUGGAUACUGUCCCAUUGAACUGCAAUGCAGUAUCUGCGGUGCUUGCUGGCGCGCCGCGCCUACCGCGCUUGAAGUGGCUAAACGUGUCGCCCAUGGCCUCGAUGCUGCCGACAGACAUCUUUUACGUGCUCCCAGAGCUCAUUGCCGCGGGGCGGCACGUCCGCGAACUGCUCUUCGUCGUGCCCAUGCUGCAAGACGACGAUGAGCUUGCGGUCUUGCGGGUACUGGCGCUGGCCCAUGAGGUACCGUUCUUUUGCGGCAAUCUUCCACACAACGCCGACGCCUACGUCGUCGAUGCUCUUGGUGCGCCGCACAAACAGAGCGACCGCUGUCGUUUGCGGAUCUCGUGGUAAGCAGGAGCAAAUAUUAGCUUUUUGGCGCGUCCUACACAAUACAGCAAGUCUUUCGUGCAAAG